AUGAAAUUCUCUACUGCUUUGUCCUUUGCAUCAAUUGUUUCUUCCGCUGCUAUGGCUUCUGCCUUGCCUCAAGUUAACCACGGCCAUCAACACAAGAGAGCCGUUGCUGUUAAGUACGUCUACGAAACCGUCGUCGUUGAUGGUAACGGUAAGACUUUAACUCCAGCCCUUGCUGAAGCCACUAACGUCAACGAAAUUCCAGUUGCUACUGCAACUGUUAACGCAGACAAGAAGGCUGUUUCUGCCGCUGCUACUACGGCCACCACUGCCACUACCCUUGCUCCAACCACUACUUCCGCCAAGACUACUUCUACUGUGGCACCAGCUCAAUCCAAGGCUUCAUCUGUCGCUCCUCAAGCUUCCACCGCCGCCGCUUCUUCUUCCAGUUCUUCCAGUUCUUCCAGCUCUAACGGUAUCUACGGUGAUUUAGCUUCUUUCUCUGGUCCAUCAUCCAAGUUUGAAGAUGGUACCAUUGCCUGUGACCAAUUCCCAUCUGGUCAAGGUGUCAUCUCCGUCGACUGGGUUGGCGGUAACGGCUGGUCUGGUAUUGAAAAUACUGAUACCUCCACUGGUGGUUCUUGUAAGGAAGGUUCUUACUGUUCUUACGCUUGUCAACCAGGUAUGUCCAAGACCCAAUGGCCAUCUGAACAACCUGCCGAUGGUAGAUCUGUCGGUGGUUUGUUGUGUAAGAACGGUUUCUUGUACCGUUCCAACACUAACACUGAUUACUUAUGUGAAUGGGGUGUUGAAGCCGCUGAUGUUGUCUCUGAGUUGAGCCAAGGUGUUGCUAUCUGUAGAACUGAUUAUCCAGGUACUGAAAAUAUGGUCAUUCCAACUUAUGUCGAAGCCGGUAAUACUUUACCAUUAACUGUUGUGGACCAAGAUUCUUAUUACACCUGGAGAGGUUUGAAGACUUCUGCUCAAUACUACGUUAACAACGCCGGUGUUUCUGUGGAAGAUGGUUGUGUUUGGGGUACUGAUGGAUCUGGUGUCGGUAACUGGGCUCCAUUGAACUUCGGUGCUGGUUCCACUAACGGUAUCAGUUACUUAUCUUUGAUUCCAAAUCCAAACAACAAAUCUCCAUUAAACUUUAACGUUAAGAUUGUUGCCGCUGAUGAUAACUCUCAAGUCGACGGUAACUGUUACUACGAAAAUGGUAGCUUCGUUGGUGGUGAAGACGGUUGUACCGUUGCUGUUAGAUCUGGUAAGGCUAAAUUCGUCCUUUACAAUUAG